AAAAUCAGGCAGGCGUUUUUUGUUUGAAGAAUUUGGUAGGGUUUCCAUUUCGAUUUUUUCAACCUGGUAUAAUCUAUGUUUGGGACGCGUAUAAUUGUUCUCGCCACACAAAAGCACUCAUUGCAAAGCUAGUCUACACUUCAACAGCACUGCACACGCUUGGAAAUCUUAGAGUACAACUACACUUUGGCACCCAAUGGCCGGCGGGCGGAACCAGACGCCAAAGGCGCGCGGGAGCGCCACCAAGACGGCGAAGAAGCUCGCGAGCGAGGCGAAGGAGCCGAAGGCCGACAUGGGAUCGAGCAGCGGGUUGAGCGAAAACGAGGACGGCAGCACCGGCGGCACGCUGAACGGCAGAAGUAAGAUUCGGGGUUUUUUCAUGACCAGUGAGGGCGCGCGAUCGCUGGCCCUGUACGAGUACCACAGCGCGCCGCUGUCUGCCAUCGACCGCGUGUUGAACCCCUACUGGACGCUCGCCGCCUCGGUCAUCCCGAACUGGAUUUCCCCCAACAUGGUGACGUUCCUCGGUCUGUGCGCGCAAUUCUCCGCCUUCGUGCUCGGGAUCGUGCACGACCUCGGGUAUCUGCUGCAGUUUGUCGUCUCCCUCACGGAGUCGAUCCCCCUACUCCAGGGUGCAGACAUCACCACCAUUUCCUACUGCCUCGACCUCUUCGUCUUUUACUACACCAUGGCCUGCUUCGUCUUCUACCACGUGGCGGACGCGGCGGACGGGAAGCACGCCCGCAACACCGGGCAGAGCACCCCGCUCGGCGCCCUGGUGGACCACGGCUGCGACGCCUGGUCGGUGCUCUGCGUGUUCAACUGCGCGCUGAGUGCGAUCUUCCGCAAACCGAACGCGCUCGCGGUUGCCAGUGUCGGGGGAACCGCAAAAACAGCAGCCGGCCUGUUCAACAACGACUUCAACCCGCGCACGCACCCGCUGAUGCCGUUGACGCUCAUGUGCUACCACUUUGCGGUGUUCGCCUCCUUCUUCGUGGCCCAGUGGGCGCACUACCACACCGGCGUGCUGGACACGGCAAACGUGACCGAGGGGCAGAUUGUCUACCUGCUGAUGCUGUUCCUGCUCUCCUUCGCGACUCUGCGCCACUGGUCGCACUACUACACGGGGUACGAGGUGAAGGAGUACAACACGGAAUUCAUGACCUGGAUCAUCUGGGCCUCCAUCGUCAUCCCGCUCUACGUCACCUGCAACACGAUGUGGAUCGUGAAGAAGGCGAAGCGGUUCCGCCGCACCGCCGGUACGUUUCUCAUCCCCUACGGCAUCCACAUGAUCCAGUCGCUCUCCUUUCUGCGGAUCCCGAACUUUUGGCAACAGCACUUCUUCAAACUCAUCGUUCUCAUGUCGCUCACCGUGGUCUACAUGAGCUUGCGGGCGAUCGUGGCCCAGCUGUGCGCCACCAAAAUUCCCAAGGUGUACGCGGAGCUGCUGAUCCCGGUGUCGAUGCCCAUCGCCGCCUACCAUUUGCUGCUGAACAAGAUGGUGCCGCAGGCGCUGCUGCAGUUCCUCCUCGGCGUGCCAGCGUUGAGGAAGGUGUUGAACAACCCGGUGGAUCUGGGCGACAAGCUGAUGUGGUGGUGCAUCCUUUACACGUGCAGUCUGUCGCUCUUUUUCAUGUUCGACGUGAUCAUGACCAUCUGCCGGACGCUGCACAUUCCCUUCCUCGCCCCCCUGCGGAAGCCGUGGCGAAAAACCAACUUCGAGCUGGCCGACCGGUUCACGGCCGCAGAAACCGAAUCGGCCGCCAGCCGCGCGGGCAAGGCCGCCAGUGGUCCCUCCUCGCCGAAGAAAAACAAGUAG